GACAGUCACAGGUCCAGAGCCGCUGCACCAUGAGCGUGUCUGCGCUGAGCCCCACCCGGCUCCCGGGUAGCCUCUCUGGGCUCCUCCAAGCGGCAGCCCUGCUGGGUCUGCUCCUGCUGCUGUUCAAGGCAGCUCAGCUCUACCUGCACCGCCAGUGGCUGCUCAAAGCCCUCCAGCAGUUCCCGUGCCCGCCCUUCCACUGGCUCCUGGGGCAUAGUCGAGAGUUCCAAAAUGGCCAUGAGUUACAAGUGAUACUGAAAUGGGUGGAGAAAUUCCCAAGUGCUUGUCCUCGCUGGCUAUGGGGGAGCAGAGCCCACCUCCUGAUCUAUGACCCUGACUACAUGAAGGUGAUUCUGGGGAGAUCAGACCCAAAGGCUCAAGGUUCCUACAGGAUGCUGGCUCCCUGGAUUGGGUACGGUUUGCUCCUGCUGAACGGGCAGACGUGGUUCCAGCACCGGCGCAUGCUCACCCCAGCCUUCCACUACGACAUCCUGAAGCCCUACGUGGGGCUCAUGGCAGACUCCGUCCGAGUGAUGCUGGACAAAUGGGAGCAGCUGGUCAGCCAGGACGCCUCGUUGGAGGUCUUCCAACACGUCUCCCUGAUGACCCUGGACACCAUCAUGAAGUGUGCCUUCAGCCACCAGGGCAGCGUCCAGCUAGACAGGAAUUCCCACUCCUACAUCCAGGCUGUUGGGGACCUGAACAACCUGUUCUUUUCCCGAGUGAGGAACGUCUUUCACCAGAGCGACUUCCUCUACAGGCUGAGCCCUGAAGGCCGCUUGUCCCACCGUGCCUGCCAGCUCGCCCACGAGCACACAGACCGAGUGAUCAAGCAGAGGAAGGCUCAGCUACAGCAGGAGGGGGAGCUGGAGAAAGUCAGCAGGAAGAGGCGCUUGGAUUUCCUGGACGUCCUCCUCUUUGCCAAGAUGGAGAACGGGAGCAGCCUGUCUGACCAGGACCUCCGCGCCGAGGUGGACACGUUCAUGUUCGAGGGCCACGACACCACGGCCAGCGGCAUCUCCUGGAUCUUCUAUGCUCUGGCCAUGCACCCCGAGCAUCAGCACCGGUGUCGCGAGGAGAUCCAGGGCCUCCUGGGGGACGGAGCCUCCAUCACCUGGGAGCACCUGGACCAGAUGCCCUACACCACCAUGUGCAUCAAGGAGGCAAUGAGACUCUACCCACCGGUGCCAGGUGUCGGCAGAGAGCUCAGCUCGCCCAUCACCUUCCCUGAUGGACGCUCCCUGCCCAAGGGUGUCAUAGUCACGCUCUCCAUCUAUGCCCUUCACCACAACCCGAAGGUGUGGCCAAACCCAGAGGUGUUCGACCCUUCCCGCUUCGCACCAGGUUCUGCUCGCCACAGCCACGCUUUCCUGCCCUUCUCAGGAGGAUCCAGGAACUGCAUCGGGAAGCAAUUUGCCAUGAACGAGCUGAAGGUGGCCGUGGCCCUGACCCUGCUGCGCUUCGAGCUGCUGCCAGAUCCCAAAAGAGUCCCGGAUCAAAAACCACGUCUUGUGCUGAAGUCCAGCAGCGGGAUCCACCUGCGUCUGAGGAAGCUCCGCUAACCCUGGCGGGGACAAGAGCAGGCUCUGGGGGCCUUCUGCCAGGCGUCCUGGCUUCCUGUCACCUGCCCGUGCCCCCUGCCUGUCUGCCCAUAUCCCACUUUCUAUCCACCGGCGCUUCUUCCACCUGCCUGCCUUGCUGCCUCUUGGCCUCCAGCCUCUGUCCUCUCGCACCAUCCUCUGGGCCGCUGACCUGAGUGUCUGUCUAUUGUCCCCCUCCUGCCGGCACCUCUGACUGUGCACCCAAUGCUGGUCACUGGCAGCCCUCCGCCUGCCUCCCCUCCACUGGUCCUUCCCCUCUGCUGCCAUCUGUGUACGCAGUUCCGACAGCUGCUGCGCUAUCAUGGCUGUGAUGGUUCUCCUCUUGAAGUCCUGGCAGUCGGAAUCUGAAACACCUGUCACUGCUGGGAGACAAGCAAGCUGCCAGCUGGGCCAGGCUCCCUCUGCGGUUCUAGGAGUGAAUCCUCGCCUCGGCUCUUCAGAUCUAGAGCUGCGUUCCUGGCACCCUGCAGAACUGGCCCCUCCCUCCUCCUUAAAGCCAGCAGCAUCUUCAUUUCUCUCCCCCACCCCCUCCACAUCUCCCCUCUCACAAACUCUUGUGAUUUCAUCAAAGCCACUCAGCUAACCUAGGCGAGUUUCCCUGGCCAUCUUUCACUUAAUCACAUCUCUCCGAAUUCCCUUUUGCAAGAUGGGGGUCACACACUCAAGGCUUCCAUACGUUCCAUGUGUCCAUCUUCCAGAGCUGUUGGUCAUUGUAGCCCAGUCCCUGACUUCACCCCAUCUUGUCUCUAAAUCUCUCUUGCACGGCGCCAACUACACAAUUGUCAUCCACGCUGGCCUCUCUGCCUCCCUCCCUUCUGGAAUAAAUUGGACAAGCUUG